UCCUGCGAGGACUGCUCCUCAUAGGGGAUCAUAUAUUUUCGAAAAACACAAGUCGGAUAAAAAGGAACAGUCUCUCCCAACUUGCUACCCGAGUCUGCUUCGACAUUUUCCCACGUAAAAAGGGCUGCGGGGAGAUGGAGAGGGAAAUUAGGGAUGACAUGAAGAGGACCAGAAGACCUGAAGAGUAUAAUUCUCUGUAAAGAAACCAGCAAGGUUUUGCCAUUACCUUCAGAACUUUAUGGGGACCCUCUCUAUGCCUGAAUCAUCCAGAAGAAUUCUGGAAUGGAAUAAGAUCUAAGCCAAUGGAGUCCCAUGAAGGAUACUGUUCCCUAAUACUGCAAUGGAGUGGAAAGAGACGGUCGCUGGACCAUACACAACCCUAGGGUCCUGGACCUAGAGAGAUGCUUGUAAUCUGUGGAUCUGAGGACUCGAGUGUUCGAUUUCUUUGAAAUCCAUUUUAAUUUGAAAAUACAAAAUAGAGAUAUUUUGAAAGAUAAUAACUAUGACUUUUAGUGUCAAUCAGCUCCAAUAGUUUGGAGUUAGUGGUGAGAUACUCAAGGUUUUUAGUAAGAUUUUAACCUUGUUUUACCAGUUGCAUCCCAAAUUGACCUUGAUAUUGAUACCAAGGCCAUUUCAAUGGUUAUAGGUCCCACGAUCUUCUACUCAAAGGAGCUUGUCCAUUGCAGGAUUUCCCAAAUUAAUGUGUUUGAAUAAUUAAAAAAAAGACCAUGUAUGGAUUGAAAUUGUCAAUUUGAAUUCUCAGGGAGUUUUGUAUCAAUAUCAGGCCCACUCCCUUCAACGCCAUACUUGUUUUAGAGAUUGUGGAGCUGCCGUCAACGACGUGAAACGGUGCUACCCAUAAAGCAUAUGGGAAAGCUAGUCUUGGAAAUCUUGAAUGGAGUUUUCCCUUGUACAGUAACAAAAGACAUCUCUGUUACCAGAAUGGAUUUGAUACCAGUGUAGACAGACAGUGGAGAUAAGUCUGGAAAAACUCAAUGGCGAAGAUCACACAGGAAAGAUAAGUUUGUUUCAAAAUGAAUUGUCAAGUUUCUUCUGCAAAGAGAAAAACCAUUCUGCAGUCUUUCUAAAUUCACCGAAUCAUGGCGUGUCAUGACAUGCCCUGCGUCCUGAGACGCAACUAUUUAAGACAAUUGAAUACUCAAGAAUCUUGUGAAUUAAUCCAAGAGCCCUAGAACAGAAAUCUUGGUUGUCCUUGGUGUGUUUGUUCUUCAACAUUGCUGGCUUGAGGACUCUUUUUUUUCACCUCUUUGGUAAUCUCCGUCAUAUGUAGAGCCAAUCAGGAUUUUCCAAAAUGGCUACCUGUUGGAGACUGGGAGCUUGUAGCCUGUUGGUGGCCCUUUGGCUUUUGCAUUGCUGUAGUUGUGGAUGGUCAGAGACCACAAGGACUAAUGGCGUGGCCAAGGGUGAAACGAAGGAGCAGGAGCUCAUGUCCCAUGAACGAGUGAAGAGAGGAUGGGUGUGGAACCAGUUCUUUGUGGUGGAGGAGUACACAGGCACAGAACCACUCUACGUUGGAAAGAUCCACACAGAUUCGGACGAGGGUGAGGGGAACAUCAAGUACACCAUCUCCGGGGAAGGGGCGGGCACGAUCUUCAUCAUCGACGAGCUGACGGGCGACAUCCACGCCACCGAGCGAUUAGACCGCGAGGAGCAGAGUUACUACACCCUCAGAGCUCAGGCCCGGGACCGGCUCACCAACCACCUGCUGGAAUCCGAGUCAGAGUUUGUCAUCAAAGUCCAGGAUAUCAACGACAGUGAACCCAAGUUCCUGGAAGGGCCCUAUAUCGGGAGUGUGGGAGAGCUUUCACAAAUAGGAACAUCGGUGAUGAAGGUCACUGCGUCGGAUGCAGAUGAUCCUACAUACGGGAGCAGUGCCAGGGUUGUGUACAGCGUGCUGGACGGAGAGAGGUUCUUCACAGUGGACAGACAGACAGGACUGAUUCGGACGGCCGUGGCAGAUCUGGACCGGGAGAAGCAGGAUCGCUAUGAGCUGGUCGUCAAGGCAACCGACAUGGCAGGCCAAAUGGGCGGUCUCUCCGGCUCCACCACAGUGACCAUAGUUAUCACAGAUGUUAAUGACAACCCACCACGCUUUCCGCAGAAGAUGUACCAGUUUUCAAUGUCUGAGGGGGCAGCCGUGGGGACGCCGGUGGGGAGGGUGAUCGCCACGGACGCAGACAUGGGGGAGAACACAGACAUGAGCUACCUGAUCAAAGAUGAGGAGGGUGGGGAACUCUUCAAAGUCACCACCGACAGUGACACGCAAGAGGCCAUCAUCACCAUCAAAAAGGCAUUGGACUUUGAGAGCAAGCGCACACACAACGUGGUGGUGGAGGCUGUCAACAAGCACGUAGACCCCCGCUUUUCUGAGCUGGGUUCUUUUCGGGACCAGACCAUCGUGCGGGUCAGUGUAAACGACAUUGAUGAGCCGCCUAUCUUCCACCCUGCUGAGGGAACCAUCUUGGAGGUCCAGGAGGAUGCUAGGCUAGGGGCGCUGGUGGGCACUGUGACUGCCAAGGACCCGGACAUGGAGAACGCGCCUGUCAGGUACUCUAUUGACCAGAGUACGGACCAGGAUCAGAUCUUCCACAUUGAUCCAGUGUCGGGUGCCAUCACGCUGGGCAAUAUUCUGGACCGAGAGACGGCUGGCUGGCACAACAUUACUGUGAUGGCAGUGGAAGCAGAUAAUGUAUCCCAGAUAUCCCAUUCGUCAGUGAGCAUUCGUAUCCUGGAUGUGAAUGAUAACCCUCCUGAACUGGCCACGCCCUAUGAGGCAUCUAUCUGUGAGGAUGCCAAGCCGGGUCAGGGUCAGCCCUUGACUCCUUCAUUUUGUGGCACUCUGGGUUGGUGGAGAGAAUGGCCACUCUGAAUGGGGACUUGCUAGUCGGCGACAAAGGCAUUCCACUUCUGCCAUGGCUCAUGAUGUCCUUCCACAACCCUUCAAGCCAGGAGGGGUAUAAUAUGGCACACUCUCACCAGGGGUAUCGUGGAGAGUAUCUUCAGAGUCCUAAAGAGCAGGUUCCUGCAACUUGACACUUCUGACUGUACCAUGCUGCUAACACCUGUCAAGAUGUGCCUGGUGUUCGUGGCAUGCACCAUGUUACACAACAUGGCAGUGAGGCGAGACAUCCAAGCACCCGGUCCUGGUCCACAACAGCUGCAGCAAGAUGAAGAGGGAGGCCGUUACCUGCAGGUCACCAGGGAGAUGGCAGUGCUAGGAGAGCACACCAACAACUGGCCAAUGGCUAUAUUGCUUAGGUGCAUCCCCUCAAACCAAAUACUUUCUAUAUAUGUGACCCGAUUCAGGAAACUAGGUGGAUGUCGCAAGUCACAACUUCACAGGAGAGCCGUUUGAACGUAAAAAAAUGUUUUUAUCAAAAUGCGAUUUUUGGCAGAAAUGCCUUCUCGAACAUGUGAAUUUGCAUGUGCACUAAAAACAUGCGUAAUGGUAAAUUAAUAAACCAGUAAUAUUAGACACUCAGAACAAACUAUAAACUGAAUUCAAUCUUUAUUAUUAAAAGUUCCCCUGGUUUGGGCCUUUUUAACUUGGGGCUAUGGUCCUGGAGUUCCUCUAUAAUCUCCUCAAAUCUGUGGUUAGGGGGAGCAUUGAGCUCCUUCAGCACGUGGUAAAUCAACACACUAUCACAGCUUAUUGUGAAAUAGACACAACAUCACUUAUUCUUCAUAACGCAUUCCAUUUGUAAAAAUUCCAAUUUGUUGUGGCUAACGUCCGCUAGGCUAGCUAGGUGGCUAACAUUGGCUAGGCUAGCUAGGUGGCUUAUGUUUGCUGGGUUAGCGGUUAAGGUUAGGUUUAGGGGUUAAGAUUAUAGUUUGGUAACAUGCUAGCUAAGUAGUUAAAGGGUUAAAGUUAGGGUUAAGUUUAGGAUUAAGGUUGGGGUUAAGGUUAGGGUUAGGCUAAAGGGUUAAGUUUAGGGUAAGUGUUAGCCAACAUGCUAAGUAGUUGCAAAGUAGCAAGUCGUUGCAAGGUUGCUGAUUUGCAAAAAUGCUAAAGAUUUCCGUGAUGAGAUUUGAACACACAACCUUUGUAACCUACUGUAUUAAUCUCCGAUUGAAUACACAAUCACUGAAUCAAAAAUCUAAAUCAAUGCACUGGAUACAAAAUCGUGUACUGCACACAAAAACAUGUAUUUCCAAUAAGCAAUUAGUGUCUAUUUUACAAUAAUCUGUGAUAAUGGGUUGGAUCAAUUCCUGUUAGGGACGUGGUCAAACGGGUGCAGAACGUCUCCUGGAGGGCCCUCUCCCCUCUGUAUUGUCACCCCUAUUUUCCAUCUCUUUAACCAAAGCCUAAAGUAAUGUGUGUCAACAGGCGUGGAAGGAAGCUAAAGUAAUUCCACUACCUAAAAAUAGUAAAGCUACCUUUGCUGGCUCCAACAACCACCCAAUCAGUUUGCUGCCUGUUCUUAGUAAACUGAUAGAGAGAAUUGUGUUUGAACAAAUACAAUGCUAUUUUUAUAAAGAACAGGUUUACUACUGACUUUCAGCAUGCAUAUAGAGAAGGGCACUCAACUUGUACUGCAGUUACUCAGAUGGCUGGCUAAAAAGAAAUGGAUAAGAAGAUGAUAGCUGGAGCUGUUUUAGAUUAUCAGUGCAGCCUUUCAUGUUUUUGGUCAUAAUUUGUUAUUUGAAAAACUCACUUGUUAUGGCUUUAAAUCACCUGCCAUCGCAUGGUUGGAGAAUUACUUAUCCAAUAGAACUCCGAGACUAUUCUUCAAUAAAAGCUUUUCUAACGUCAGAUAUGUACAGUGCGGUAUCCCUCAGGGCAGUUGCCUUGAUAUGCCUUGAUGAUUGCACACUCUACACAACAGCACCUACAGCCAGUGAUAUCACUGAGGCUCUUAGCAAGGAGUUACAGUCAGUGUCAGAAUGGGUAAUUAACAAUAUAAUGAUCUUAAAUACGUCUAAAACCAAAAGCAUUGUAUUUGGUUCAAAACAUUCUCUUGAACCAGAACGUCAACUGGAGUUGUGCAUAAAGGGUGACCAUUGAACAAAUUGAAGAAGUUCAACUCCCAGGAGUAACAUUCCUAAGUAGUUGCAAAGUAUGUUAAGUAGUUACUAAGUCAGUUAUCAUGGUCAAGUCAUUUAGACAAAGUUGUUGUGAAGAUGGGAAGAGGUAUGUCUGUUAUAAAAAGCUGUUCUGGGUUUUUUCAGGCUCUGAUCUUGUCCCAUCUUAAUUACUGUCCGGUAAUAUGGUCAGGUGCAGCAAAGAAAUACCUAUCGAAGCUGCAGCUGGCUCAAAACAAAAGCACCACGCCUUGUCCUGAACUGUACACACUGAACUAACACCAACAACAUAAAUGAUAGUCUUUCAUAGUUAAGGAGAAAUUGACGACUUCUCUUCUAGUCUAAAAAAACUUGUGUGUGUUGAAAAUGCCUACUUGUAUAAUCUAUUAGCGUACACUUCAACCAUACGCACAUACCCCCAUCAAACACGUGUUUCUACAGGUACCCAAUGCAAAACCAGAUAUAAUGUGUCGCUCAGUUAUAUUUGUAGAGCCAGGUUGACAGGCAAAAAGCAAGUUUAGCUUUAAAAAAACAGAUAAAAAACAUAUUGUAUCACAGCGCCUCUCCUCUUUCUAAAUAUCUACUUUAACUGUAGGCUACUGUAUAUAACAAUAAGAAUAUGCAUAUAUGAUUAGUGUGUAAUUUGUGUUGUCUCUUGGUGUCUUUCCUAUAUAUAACUCUUAUUUUAUUUUAUUUAAUGUAAUAUCUUAUGUUGUUCUUGUCUAUAACUGUUCUGUACUUUGUCAUGCAUUUGUAUAUUUUAUGUGGACCCAAGGAAUAGUGGCUGCUGCAUUUUGCAGUAGCUAAUGGGUAUCCUCGUGAACUAAACUAAACUCUUCCAUCCGCUCCUCCUCCAACCGCAAUUGAGGACGGUACACUGGGUCAUCUGGACCUGGGGGUGGAUUGGCACUGGCACAUGUCUUUCUUCCUCCGUUCAACCCUCAACUGGAGGAAAGCUACAAAGUAGGCCUACCGCCCUCUCGGGGGAACACCAGGUGUCUCCUCAUCUGAGGAGGUGAAAGUAGGAGGGAAAGUUUCAGUUUUACCUAUACUGUAGGACGCCAUCUGCAGUCUCUAAUUAUACAUUUCUUAAUUUCUUUCAACAGUGUCAUGGAAUUGCUGGCCUUACUGACUAGUGCUUCUGUAAUCCCGGCUACAGCAUCUGAUAGGGGGUCCGACAUUCCUGCCUGCACUGUGGGAUAAACAAACUGCUUUUAUUUGAGACAGAGGUCUCCUACUACAUAUCAUAUGUCUACAAUUCAUCUUUUGUCAAUCCUUAACAUUGUAGGCUAAUUAAUACUGUAUGUAUUUACCUUGAUCAUUAUCCACACCAUCACCAUAUCCGUGGGUGUCGGUGAUGGAGAGGGUCGAUCCAAUCAGCUCCUCCCAAGGAGCGAGGUGGAGCUUCGUGCUUGGCCCUCCACUGGUCGCACUGAACAAGGUCCUAUGGUUCAACAAUCUGGACUUUACGGCAGUUUGGAUGUCUCUUUUGCAACUUGUCAGGGCGCUCAUCCAGCCUAAUACCGAAUGCCAGAUUUGUUGUUUUCUACUGGAGUCACUUUUAAGCGUAUAGUAAAUAAAUAGAGCGAGUCACAUCAGUGGCCAGUAUCCCCAGCUCCUCGCUGGAGAAAUUGGUUUGUGUCUUUUUUCCAUCUCUUCCAUGGUGGUUCUAGACUACUAGUCAUACUGAUAACCUUAAAUUGCCCAGUAUUCCAUUCCAUCUCGUUGAAACAAUUGUUUAUAAGUCGGGUGAUAGCCCUUCAUUUACCAUGAUGAUUACCCCACUGAAAUAGGCAAGCUGCAGCUGUUAAUUGAAUUUUACUUGUGCAAUGGAAUCCCUGAAAUUGAGUCAAGCUGCCCCACCACCUGCACAAGUAAGAAAUUGGCUAUAUUAGGCUUUGUGCACUCAUAGUUUCAAAUAUGGAAAUUAAAAUAGCUUACGGUCAAGCACUAUCCAGGAUCUAAAUGUCAACUUCAAUUUAAUUGAUUUGACAGCCAAAGAAAGAUAUUACAAUUUUAAUCUGGGGUAGCCUGCUUUAUGUUUUAAUAACAUAUUUGUAUUCUUAUUUCAUGGUGACAGUAUCCUGUAUGUUAACUUUGACUUUCAAAAUAAAAGUAGUGAGGUUAUUGA